GCCAGGAAGGAGGCGCCGGCCGAGGAGGGCUGCGGCUGGGGCAGCUCCGGCCCUGCCGUGCGCUCCGGGAGCGGCCGCGCCCGCUGGGGCGGGAGAUGCCCGGCGGAGGGAGGCGCGCAGCAGCCGCCGCCUUCGCCCGCGGAUGCCCCGGGCAGCCCCUGGGAGCAGCAGCUGCCGCCGCGCCAGGGAGCAGCCGGGAGCGGCGCGCCUGCAACGCAGCCGUCUGGCCGGCCCGAGGGCUCGCUCGGCCCGCCCCCCACGUCAGGGAUGCCGCGGCCGGGCCGGCCCCUGGAGCUGUGGCCCGGCUGCGCCUCCUGAAGGCCUGACUCGCCGCGGGGAGGCUUCGGCGCCGGCAUGGGCACCAAGCAGACCAAGGGAUGCGCUGCGGCGCCCGGCACCGGCGGCAGCCCGCCGGCCGCGCUGGGCAGCGGCUCCCGCCGGAAGGCGCCCUCCUCCCGGGAGCGCGGAGACUUCCUGGCCUCCCUCGUGGUGAGGUCGAGCGAAAAGUUUGGCAAGGGGGGCGGCCUCCCGCCCUACCACCGCCGCAUCGGCAUGAUCCAGGACAUGCUGCGCCUGGUCAAGCAAGGCAGGCAGGAGGAAGCCACCGACCUGCUCAAGCACCUGCGGCAGGAUUUGGGAAUGGAAUCCACUUCGCUGGAUGAUGUCUUGUACCGCUAUGCCAGCUUCAGGAACCUGGUAGAUCCCAUCACACAUGACCUAAUCAUCAGCCUCGCCAGAUACAUACACUGCCCCAAAACGGAGGGGGAUUCCCUUGGGGCCAUGGAGAAGCUCUGCAGGCAGCUGACCUACCACCUGAGCCCCCACUCGCAAUGGCGCCGCCAGGGCAUUGUGAAGAGGAAGCCACAGGCCUGCUUGAAAGCAAUCCUGGUGGGGAAUCCACGGGACAACACGGUGGACCUGUCUGGUAUCCCUCUGACUUUGAAGGAAUUGGACCGGAUCAUCUCCUACUUGCAGCAUAGUGCAGAGCACAUUGAGAACGUGGAACUCUGCUUCACCGAGUUGACAGACGAGAUGUUUCUCCAGCUCCUGCCGGUACUCAGUGGCCUCCCUCACCUCAUGACUCUGUCCCUCAAUGGCAACCGGCUCACAAAGGCCGUCCUCCGGGACCUGACAGAAGCCCUGAAAGACCCCAAAAACUUCCCCAGCAUGACUUGGAUUGACCUGGGAAAUAACGUGGACAUUUUCUCUUUGCCACAACCUUUCCUAGUCAGCCUUAAGAAACGGUGCCCCAAGCAAGGCAACCUGCCGACAAUUCUUGAGUUCGGCGAGGGCCAGGUAAGUGACUUGGAAAGCCAAGAGGCCCUGGUGGAGAACCAAGAUUAUCCAUGCUCAGAGGAUGAGGACAGAAACGAUGGUGCAGACAAUGCGAGGCCCAGACAGGUACGGACAUGUGAGGUGAUUGAGGUUAGGCUGCUGCCGAGCGAGUCCCCUGCUCAAGAGGAGACCGGUCCUGUAACAGUACAGACAUGAAGUGCCAUCGCCUCUCGUUGGACCAAGAUUGCUCCAAAUAGAUACCUCAACUGCGAAAUGUUCUUAGCCAGACUUGUCUAUGCUUAAAAGGCUACAGUUGUAAUAAUCCGUUUAAUUGUAGAGGACCAAAAGUCAGGACCAAAUUUGCAUACCAAACCCUACUGGCACUCUUUGAAUUGCAAGUGGGGAAGGCCACGCUUUUUGAUUGGUUAACACCCAAAGUCUUGUCACCGAGGCAAAUGCAAUCAACGUCUCCAUGACUGUUGCCUCACGGGUCCCAGAAAACUAGAGACGACAAAUUGAAGAGAUGCUUUUUAAAUCCCUCUAGUUUCACUGGGAGAGUGAAUCCGUGGGAUUUAAAAAGGCUAACCUUCUGCAGGAGCAUAUCUCUUCUGUUCAAAGGGUAGCUCCCGCACGAUCCUUGUAGAUUUUGUGGGAAUAAAGGCGAACAAUCCAAUAGCCAUGGGUGGCAAUUCCAGAUGCCUGUUGCAAUUCUUUUACAUGCAACAGCAGCAGUCUUUCGUGCCAUCUUGUGAUAAACCCCUGGCCAGCUGCUGCUUUCUAUUCUUUGGAUUUCCCACCACUGUGACAAGAGAAGAGAGGCUGCGGAGGGGAGUGUAUAUCCUAAACUCAGCUCUGGGCUCUCAGUUCUCACUAGCCUUAGAGGUACCUCCUUCCUUCUGAGUGUGGAAGGGAGCUGCUGCCAUCCGGGUCUCGUGGUAUUUUGAUCCCCCUGUGGAACAAACAUUGGAUUCUGUCGGAGGUCGUAGUAGGUCAUCUGCCUGUAUUGGUUCUCCGUGUGCGUUCAGUGUUGUAGUUUUUGUAACCGAAAGUGCUUUCUCCCCACCCUCCCUCCAAAAUCUUUGAAAAGAGCUGCUUUUUCUAAAGGAAGCAAGACCACUGAUUUCCCUCCCCCCCAAAUAGGGUCAGGCAUCUGUCUCACCAAGUGCCAGAUGUAAGUGGGGGGAGCCUUUGUGGGCAGAUCGUUCUUUCAAUAGUAAAGGACCAAAGCGGUUUCCUGGCUCCUUCGGUUUUCGAAACCAACACCCAUUGCAACAUGCUGGAGCGCUUGCUGACUUAUACAAGUCCCCACCCUCCCCCAGGCACAAACGCAACCCACAUCUUCAAUCUGCUGGUGUUGCCGUCUGUGGUGUCUGCGCGUCCUUUUCAAAGGGCCAACCAACCUGCCUUUGGUAGGAAUUGGCUGCUCCAGAUUCUGUCUUGAUUUGCAUGUAGCUGAAAUUGUUCUCUUUUUUUUAAAUAUAAGCUUUAUCAAACAGAAGUAACAAUAAAACCUCUUAUUUGAAA